CAUUCUCAGCUUUGGCAUUAAGAUAAAAACAUCUGUUUCGUUCCGGUCUAUUACUUUGCAUUUAUUUAUUUUCGCUUUUUUUUGGAAGUUGGUAGUAAAAAAAUUUAAAUUUAAGAUUGAUCAGAAAUGAAUUCGUCAAAAGCUUUGGCGAGCAAAAGGAUACUGGCCGUUGGAUUUAGCAACCUGGUAAAGUGCCGUGGAAUGUCAAGACUGGACGACCUUUACUACAAGCCGGGUUCGAUGAAGGACCGUACUUAUAAGCGGACUUGGGCGGAACAGCAGUCGGAGCAUCCGGAAGCUGAGGAGCGCUUGGACGACACCAAAUACAAUCCAGGUCGCUGGACAGAGCGCGAAUAUCAGUCCACCUGGCAGGAACCCGUUUAUGAAGAUCCCCAGGAAGAGGAGCUGGAGGAUUCGCGAUGCCAAAAGGAACCAUAUCAUGCCCCAGUGCUGCGGCGGUCUUUUGAUCCCAGGAGGCGACUCCAGAGGAUCGCCAUGCCCGCCAGUCAGUUCAUCUCGCAGUUCAUUUCCACCCAAACCAAGAACAAGAGGCGUCACAUUGAAGCUGCCGCUGAUCGAAUGGCUUACGAUGGUUACCAACUGGCCUAAAAUGCCUAGUCAAAUGCUUGCUGAUGACGAGGAUGUUAAAUUUUGACUUUAAAUUAAAAGGCUUUUUGUCGUACAACGAAAGAUAAAUAAAUUUAAAUGGCAAUACUGA